GAACUUAUCUUUAAGUUUUGGUAGUAUAUUCUUGUCAAAUAAAACGCGAAAGCAAGUCUCCACUUGCAUGCAUCAUUAAAUAACAAAAUUAUAGACCUUUAAUUCGAUUUCAUUCUAGAGUUUCUAAUGAGCUUGGAGAUCUUCUAGAAGUAAUAACAUACAUUUUGUUAGUAAAAUAAACAGGAAUAACAUUUUUAAUAGAAAAAUCUCACUUUACAAGCAAAAAUAAAGUUUCCAAAUCUAGGUUUUACUUCUCAAUCAAAACCACCCAAACAAGUCCUAAAUGGUCAAUAUGACUUGUGCAAAGUUCUCAAACAUAAAAUUGAGCAAUUUAGUCCAAAUUAAGUAUUUAGUGGUUGGGUUGUUACAAUAGUACUCCAGUCCCAUAAUCUAAUGCAAAGGGCAAUACGCAACAACAUGGAAAUUGUUUUUGUUCUUCCCAUAUAAACAGAGAGCAAUGAUUUCAAAUCUUCAUCAUAUCAGAGAGUUAAAAAAGAGAGAGACUAAAAAAGAAUGGCAGAAUUGUACAUUAAGCAGGCACUAAUGUACUCAGAGGUUAGGCCAAGUUACCCUGAAGAAUUGUUCAACUUCAUAACUCCAAAGACACCUUUACAUGAUCUUGUUUGGGAUGUUGGCACUGGUAGUGGCCAGGCUGCUAAAUCUUUGGCUAAGUACUACAAGAAUGUAAUAGCCACAGACACAAGUCCAAAGCAGCUUGAAUUUGCAGCUAAGGUUCCGAAUGUUCGAUAUAUAUGUACCUCUGCCAAGAUGUCAAUGUACGAAAUCGAAACCAAAAUAGGAGCAGAGUCAAGUGUAGAUUUGAUCACAAGUGCACAAGCAAUGCAUUGGUUUGAUCUCCCAACUUUCUAUCCACAAGUAAAAUGGUUACUCAAGAAACCAAAUGGGGUAAUAGCAGCAUGGUGUUACACUAUGCCAGAAGUAAACAGCUCAGUGGAUACAAUUUUUGAGAAAUUUGAUACAGUUUCUGGACCUUAUUGGGAAUCUCCAAGAAAAUUGGUGGAUGAAAAGUACAAAACAAUUGAUGUUCCGUUUGAGGCUUUAGAUGGUUGUGAUCAUAAUGGACCAUUUGAGUUCAAGAUUGAGAAAGUGAUGGACUUGGAUUCUUAUUUCACAUACUUGAAGUCAUGGUCAGCUUAUCAAACUGCAAAAGAAAAGAGUGUUGAGCUGUUAAGUGAAGAUGUUGUUGACAAAUUCACAAGUACUUGGAAUGAAGAUGGAAAGAGUGAGAAAACAGUGACUUAUCCAAUAUACUUUAGGAUUGGCAAAGUUGCAAAUUUGUAUUGAAGAUGAAAUCAGCACUAUUAGUUAUCUGUUAUUUUGUAUUUU